CGCAAUCUAGUGACGUAAAGCAUUUCUUUGUGGUUGGUGGAUGGAUAGUACCAUCAGCCACUGAACUGACUGUUGGCAUGCGUAAAUCUGGCGUUAAUUUUUGAUUUAACCAUCUGUUUUCGGGAUAUCUAGACUUGAUAAGCGAUCGCAGCCACGCUGGUGUUUUUUGCGUUAAGUUUUGAAGCAAUCAAAGAUGGAAGCCAGCAGAGGUUCUGAUUAAAAUCACUCAGUGUUAUUCUGCACACCAGACGUUAUCCAGUCGUCAUGGCAUCGGAGGAUGAGUUCAACCUGCUGGCCAUCGUGGUGGAUGUGAACCCCAUAUGGUGGGGCCAGCAAGCCCAGCGGGAGCCAGAGCAGUUCACCCUGUCCAAGUGUCUGGAUGCUGUUAUGGUGAUGGGCAACUCACACAUGGCCAUGACCAGGACAAACAAACUGGCUAUCAUCGCCAGCCACUGUCAAGACAGCCACUUUCUAUAUCCCUGCAAGACCUGGAAAGGCGGGGAAGGGUCUGGGGAUGACGCCUCCUCCAGCGGAGACGGAAAGUAUGAACUGCUGUCUGUUGCAAACAACCUUAUUGCUGAGGAGAUCAGGAAUGUCAUGUCAAAAACUGAAGUGAGGGGGCAUUCGACAGAUACUUUGUUGGCUGGAUCCCUUGCCAAAGCUCUCUGCUAUAUUCACCGAGUCACAAAGGAGCUGGAAGCUGGACAAGAGAUGAAAUCAAGAAUAUUGGUGAUUAAAGCAGCAGAUGACUGUGCCCUCCAGUAUAUGAACUUCAUGAAUGUUAUUUUUGCUGCCCAAAAACAGAAUAUCCUGAUAGAUGCCUGUGUGUUGGACUCCGACUCAGGUCUCCUUCAGCAGGCCUGUGACAUAACAGGAGGCUUGUACCUGAAGAUACCACAGAAGGUUGCCCUGGCUCAGUACCUUUUGUGGGUCUUCCUGCCCGACUCUGACCAGCGCUCACAGCUGGUGCUGCCACCCCCCGCACACGUGGACUACAGAGCCGCAUGCUUCUGCCAUCGAAACCUCAUCGAAAUCGGUUACGUCUGCUCAGUGUGCUUAUCGAUAUUCUGCAAUUUCAGUCCCAUCUGUACAACUUGCGAGACUGCCUUCAAAAUCCAGUUGCCACAGAUGGUGAAGUCAAAAAAGAAGAAACUCAAGCCAUCCACAUGACCUGAGCAGGGCCUAAGCCAAUAUGCUGCAUUUGAUAGUCCCAUUUCCUAUUUAUGGCAUUACUAUGCAUACCUUUUGUUGUCUGGUUUACUAAACUAGGCUAAGUUAUAACCUGGUUAUGGCUUUUGGGGCAGUAGAACCAAAUUAAACUGUUGUGUUGACUGGCACUGACUGCCUCCACGUGCAGGCUGAUAAAUUACAUCACUCAUUUUCUCAGAUUACCUCAUGCAACAAUUCUGUGUCAUCCUCUCAACAGUCCGUUUGGUUGGAGAAUUUUUAGGUUAAUAUUAAUAUGCAAAAGUCUGCACAUAAAGUUGGUAUUGGUAACAGGUUGCACUUCUGCUCAAGUGUUCUAUUUUUUUCCUAAAAAAAGCUUUUCAUACUGUUUUCAAAUAAAAAAGGGCAAAGGAAAA